AGUGUACUCACCCUCUGGGCUCCUGCCUGCCCUUCCAGCUACUUCAACCGACAGACGGGACCCUUCCCAAUAGAAGGGGGCUGCCCCUGUCACUUGUGCUCCCUUCCCGGAGGACUGCGAUUGGACUGCAUAGGAUUGAGGUCAGCAGUGGAGACAAGGAGGACGGACUCCUGAGUCCCAUCCAGAUGUGUGUAGCUGGGACAGUGCUGGUCUGAGCUGGACCUUGUCUGAUGGCUUCCUCCAACCCUCCUCCACAGCCUGCCAUAGGAGAUCAGCUGGUUCCAGGAGCCCCAGGCCCCUCCUCCGAGGCGGAGGACGACCCAGGAGAGGCCUUUGAGUUUGACGACAGUGAUGAUGAAGAGGACACCAGCGCAGUCCUGGGAGUCCCUAGCCUUGCUCCUAAGAGGGACACAGACCCCCCGCUGAUCCACUUCGACUCCAUUCCUGUCACUGACCCAGACCCAGCGGCUGCUCCACCCAGCACAGAGGUGCCGGCCUGGGUGAGCAAUGGGGAUGCAGCGGAUGCAGCCUUCUCCGGGGCCCGGCACUCCAGCUGGAAGCGGAAGAGUUCCCGUCGCAUUGACCGGUUCACUUUCCCCGCCCUGGAAGAGGAUGUGAUUUAUGACGACGUCCCCUGCGAGAGCCCAGAUGCGCAUCAGCCCGGGGCAGAGAGGAACCUGCUCUACGAGGAUGCGCACAGGGCUGGGGCCCCUCGGCAGGCGGAGGACCUAGGCUGGAGCUCCAGUGAGUUCGAGAGCUACAGCGAGGACUCAGGGGAGGAGGCCAAGCCGGAGGUCGAGCCCACCAAGCACCGAGUGUCCUUCCAGCCCAAGCUUUCUCCAGACCUGACUAGGCUAAAGGAGAGAUACGCCAGGACUAAGAGAGACAUCUUGGCUUUGAGAGUUGGGGGGAGAGACAUGCAGGAGCUGAAGCACAAGUACGAUUGUAAGAUGACCCAGCUCAUGAAGGCCGCCAAAAGCGGGACCAAGGAUGGGCUGGAGAAGACGCGGAUGGCCGUCAUGCGCAAAGUCUCCUUCCUGCACAGGAAGGAUGUCCUCGGUGAUUCGGAGGAGGAGGAUAUGGGGCUCCUGGAGGUCAGCGUUUCGGACAUCAAGCCCCCAGCCCCAGAGCUGGGCCCCAUGCCAGAGGGCCUGAGCCCUCAGCAGGUGGUCCGGAGGCACAUCCUGGGCUCCAUCGUGCAGAGCGAAGGCAGCUAUGUGGAGUCUCUGAAGCGGAUACUACAGGACUACCGCAACCCCCUGAUGGAGAUGGAGCCCAAGGCACUGAGUGCCCGCAAGUGCCAGGUGGUGUUCUUCCGCGUGAAGGAGAUCCUGCACUGCCACUCCAUGUUCCAGAUCGCCCUGUCCUCCCGCGUGGCUGAGUGGGAUUCCACUGAGAAGAUCGGGGACCUCUUCGUGGCCUCGUUUUCCAAGUCCAUGGUGCUAGACGUGUACAGUGACUACGUGAACAACUUCACCAGCGCCAUGUCCAUCAUCAAGAAGGCCUGCCUCACCAAGCCUGCCUUCCUCGAGUUCCUCAAGCGACGGCAGGUGUGCAGCCCAGACCGUGUCACCCUCUACGGGCUGAUGGUCAAGCCCAUCCAGAGGUUCCCACAGUUCAUCCUUCUGCUUCAGGACAUGCUGAAGAACACCCCCAGGGGCCACCCAGACAGGCUGUCGCUGCAGCUGGCCCUCACGGAGCUGGAGACGCUGGCAGAGAAGCUGAACGAGCAGAAGCGUCUGGCUGACCAGGUGGCUGAGAUCCAGCAGCUGACCAAGAGCGUCAGCGACCGCAGCAGCCUCAAUAAGCUGUUGACCUCGGGCCAGCGGCAGCUGCUCCUGUGUGAGACGUUGACGGAGACCGUGUACGGUGACCGUGGGCAGCUAAUUAAGUCCAAGGAGCGUCGGGUCUUCCUGCUCAAUGACAUGCUUGUCUGCGCCAACAUCAACUUCAAGCCGGCCAACCACAGGGGCCAGCUGGAGAUCAGCAGCCUGGUGCCCCUGGGGCCCAAGUACGUGGUGAAGUGGAACACGGCGCUGCCCCAGGUGCAGGUGGUGGAGGUGGGCCAGGACGGUGGCACCUAUGACAAGGACAAUGUGCUCAUCCAGCACGCAGGCGCCAAGAAGGCCUCCACCUCAGGGCAGGCCCAGAAUAAGGUGUACCUCGGCCCCCCACGACUCUUCCAGGAGCUGCAGGACCUGCAGAAAGACCUGGCUGUGGUGGAGCAGAUCACGCUUCUCAUCAGCACGCUGCACGGCACCUACCAGAACCUGAACAUGACCGUGGCUCAAGACUGGUGCCUGGCCCUGCAGAGGCUGAUGCGGGUGAAGGAGGAAGAGAUCCACUCGGCCAACAAAUGCCGUCUCAGGCUCCUGCUUCCUGGGAAACCUGACAAGUCCGGCCGCCCCAUCAGCUUCAUGGUGGUUUUCAUCACCCCCAACCCCCUGAGCAAGAUUUCCUGGGUCAACAGGUUACAUUUGGCCAAACUCGGACUCCGGGAGGAGAACCAGCCAGGCUGGCUAUGCCCGGAUGAGGACAAGAAGAGCAAAGCCCCGUUCUGGUGCCCGAUCCUGGCCUGCUGCAUCCCUGCCUUCUCCUCCCGGGCACUCAGCCUGCAGCUUGGGGCCCUGGUCCACAGUCCUGUCAACUGUCCCCUGCUGGGCUUCUCAGCGGUCAGCACCUCCCUUCCACAGGGCUACCUCUGGGUCGGGGGUGGACAGGAAGGUGCAGGGGGCCAGGUGGAAAUCUUUUCCUUGAACCGGCCCUCGCCCCGCACCGUCAAGUCCUUCCCACUGGCAGCCCCUGUGCUCUGCAUGGAGUACAUCCCAGAAUUGGAGGAGGAGGCGGAGAGCAGAGAUGAGAGCCGGACAGCUGCUGACCCCUCGGCCACAGUGCAUCCAACCAUCUGCCUCGGGCUCCAGGAUGGCAGCAUCCUGCUCUAUGGCAGUGUGGACACUGGCACCCAGUGCCUGGCGACCUGCAGGAGCCCAGGUCUGCAGCCUGUGCUCUGCCUGCGACACAGCCCCUUCCACCUGCUCGCUGGCCUGCAGGAUGGGACCCUUGCUGCCUACCCUCGGACCAGCGGAGGUGUCCUGUGGGACCUGGAGAGCCCUCCCGUGUGCCUGACUGUGGGGCCUGGGCCUGUCCGCACCCUGUUGAGCCUGGAGGAUGCUGUGUGGGCCAGCUGUGGGCCCCGGGUCUCUGUCCUGGAAGCCACCACCCUCCAGCCUCAGCAAAGCUUCGAGGCGCACCAGGACGAGGCAGUGAGUGUGACACACAUGGUGAAGGCAGGCAGCGGCGUCUGGAUGGCCUUCUCCUCUGGCACCUCCAUCCGCCUCUUCCACACUGAGACCCUGGAGCAUCUGCAAGAGAUCAACAUUGCCACCAGGACCACCUUCCUCCUGCCAGGCCAGAAACACUUAUGUGUCACCAGCCUCCUGAUCUGCCAGGGUCUGCUCUGGGUGGGCACUGACCAGGGUGUCAUCGUCCUGCUGCCUGUGCCUCGGCUGGAGGGCAUCCCUAAGAUCACAGGGAAAGGCAUGGUCUCACUCAACGGGCACUGUGGGCCUGUGGCCUUCCUGGCUGUAGCUACCAGCAUCCUGGCCCCCGACAUCCUGCGGAGUGACCAGGAGGAGGCUGAGGGGCCCCGGGCUGAGGAGGACAAGCCAGACGGGCAGGCACACGAGCCCGUGCCCGACAGCCACGUGGGCCGAGAGCUGACCCGCAAGAAGGGCAUCCUCUUGCAGUACCGCCUGCGCUCCACCGCGCACCUCCCGGGCCCGCUGCUCUCCAUGCGGGAGCCGGCGCCUGCUGACGGCGCGGCCCUGGAGCACAGCGAGGAGGACGGCUCCAUUUACGAGAUGGCCGACGACCCCGACGUCUGGGUGCGCAGCCGGCCCUGCGCCCGCGACGCCCACCGCAAGGAGAUUUGCUCCGUGGCCAUCAUCUCCGGUGGGCAGGGCUACCGCAACUUCGGCAGCCCACUGGGCAGCAGUGGGAGGCCGGCCCCGUGUGGGGAGACCGACAGCACCCUCCUCAUCUGGCAGGUGCCCUUGAUGCUAUAGCCCCUCCCGUCUCCCCUCAGAGGGCACAGCUGCAGGCCUGACCGAGGCUACAACCGGCUCUUGUGCUCUAGAGACCUGCACGGGAUGUGUGGUUGGGCCUGGACACUCCAGAAACUACUUGGGCAGAGCAAAGGAAAACCUCUUCUUUUUUAAAAAAAUUUUCAGAGUGUUUUGGGGAGAAGUUUUAGGGCUUGGGGAGAGGGAGGACACAUCUGGAGGAAAUGGCCUUCUUUUUAAAAGCAAAAAACACAAAACCUCACAACUGCCUGGCAAGCCCAGUAUCACUUGUUUGGGCCCUAGCGGGGCUCCAAGGCAGCCACACACCCCUCCUGGAAGGGUGUGUGCGUGUGAGUGUGUGUGAGUGUGUGGGCUGGUGUGUGAAUAUCUAUAAAUACGUAUAUAUGGUGUAUAUUAUAUGUGUAUAAAUAAAGUCUGUACAUAUUGGAGCUCUGGGAGAUGCUGGAAUAAAAGACAAGAGUUACAUCCGGACUUGGA